AUGCCUCUCUUAUCAUUACCAUCUGGAGUGCUUCACCUGAUAAUCUCAACACUAUCAAACCGCGAGAUCAAAUCGCUGUGUUCGACGUGCCGCCUUCUCUGCGAUGUUGCUCGCCGCCGUCUCUCUCGCGUCUUCCUUUCUGCCAACCCGCUAGAUAUCUGGGAUGAUGCUCUUCUGUUCGACGAUCCAACAGCAGAAUCUGACCCGUAUGACUUUGAUGCAGUCAUCGGGUCGGACGACGAUAAAGAGGAGAGCAAUAGCUGCCCAAAGUGGUUGGCCGCGAUCUGUAAGAAUAAUCUUGAUAAACGGCCAGUGCGGAUGGAUCGAAACAAAGAUGGAUGGUACAACGCGGAGUGUGCAGCCCAGCAGGAUACGCGGCCGUCGCUGUGGAUCUGUUGGCAGUAUUAUCAGAACCUCCUUGUCCAGCAAGCUGAAGUUGUGGUUCGUCAGAGCGACGCGGAGGCUUUGGUCUAUGGCCUUCAACAUUUUCCUGCGCGAGAAAGAAUUACCAUCACCCCUGCCGCUCACGGUUGGCUAUAUCAGCCGGUCUACGAGACGCCGAUGAUCAGGGCAUUUCCCAAAGGAUUCAACUACCCAAUCCCGCAUGGGUGGCAGACAGCGGCGGAGAGAGAACCUACGCCAGAGGCUGAGGACUGGGGCAUUUUACUGGAAAAUGUCAAAGAGCAGUGGCGGGGAGCCCGGCUUAUUCUGCCUGGAUACGGAACUCAAUUGCACCAUCUUCCACCAGCCCUGCUGCAACGCCCCGGAUUUCGCCGUCUGGACCUUCCCCUGAUUGUUCGUGGCAUGUUCGUGGCAUUGUUCGUGGCCAGGAAUAUGGGGAGGGGCGCACCUUUCGCAACGGGAACCUACGUCGCGCCUUGA